CCUAGUCUGUUUUCCAACAGAAUGAUUUCAACGAGAUCCUACUACGUAUUCGAAAUGUUAAUAUUUCUCAUAAUUUUUCUCAGUUUUCCAGGGUUAAUUUCAACCUUGCCCCAUAAGGAUAUGGCUCAGAAGCUAUUGAUUACCCAAUUGUAUAAGGGAAAGACCCAUAUUCAGGGUGACUUAACAGUGCUGCGAAUAUUAUAUGAUACCAAUACGAUUCAAAUCUAUUGUCGCCAGGAUAGUCCUCUAACAUGGCUGAAUCUAUUUCGAACAGUUCAAGUACACUUGGAAUUUCAAGAAACAAAUAAUGCUGUUGAUUGGCAACAAUACAGGGAGGAAUCAGCUCUGGAGGUUUACCAUGCCCAUCACCUGAAACGGGAACACUUUGUGGGGAAAUACCUGACGAAAAGUAAGCAGAAAACUCAUGUGAUUGAUUUGCCGGCCCAUGAGAAAUCCUGUUAUGGCAUCUACACAAAUCGGACAUAUAAACUACAGCUAAAGGAAGUGACAUGUGAUCGUGAUCGUCUGGCGCAAUUAAUCUUGGGGGUUGGCUUAUUCGUAAUGGCGCCCAUGAUAUCAACUAGCCCAUACUGCUUUGAUUUUUCAUCCAUCUGUUUUGGGGCUUAUGUCAGCAGUGUAAUCCUGAUCUUUGUGGCUCUAUUUCUCGCAGGGGAUCGAAGUUUUAGAAGUCUCCCGUCGCUAAAAACAAAUAUGGAUACAAUUUUCGAUGAGCAUGUGAUUCUGGUGUUUGGAAUUUGGUUGGCUGGUGGACUGUUGAUGCAAAAGCUUUGUCUGCGUUGGCGAUGGUUGUGGCAAUUCAGUAUCACCAGACGUGUUCUUUGCCGGAUAUAUAGAAUUGUGGCCUAUCUGAUGAUCUCUACGGCCUCGGAUUAUAAUUUAUUUGGUUGGUUUUGUGUUUUCUUGUUCCUGCCUUGGCCGGAAUUAUCGCGUAUUUAUGAUUGGCUGAAAAAACAUAAUGUCUAUUAUCGACGACUAAUCGGCCAAUUUCUGGGCUAUAAGAGAAACCAGCCAAUAAACAAUGAUGCAAAUAAAAUGCAAGAAAUCAACAAUCAAUGUUACCCAAUAGUUCAUGAUUCUUAUCAAUCAAAAUACCAAAUGCAGUUACGUGUUCUGCACGAGAAUCCGCCAGAAUUAGUGCAUGUUGAUUUUAUUGAUGACGAUGAUUAUACCACUUCGGUUACCACAAACUAUAGUAGUCCUACCACUUCGGUUACCACAAACUAUAGUAGUCCAUAUCAAUAUCACUGUGGCAGCAGUUCUUUACGCAGUCUUUGGUAUGGAGAUUAAAUUUUUGCACAGAAUUUUGUACGAGAAAGCCACAAAAUGCAUUUCGUUAAUUGAAAAGUAAACGCACAC